AUGCAGCCUAUAGAUUUCUGUACUACUGGCAUGUUCAUCAUUGACCAGACUCCAUUCCUGAACAUUCCUGGUGGUGCUGGUACUUAUAGUGCUCUGGGUGCGAGAGUCCUCUCUCCAUCACCUGAAUCCAAUCGGGUCGGAUGGGUAGUUGAUGCUGGUCAUGAUUUUCCCGAGUCCCUGCGUGACAUGAUAACUUCUUGGGAUACUGCCGUGCUAUUGAGAUCUCGUGACGCUCCGACCACAAAGGGAUGGAACGGCUACGGUGCCAACGAACAUCGAGCCCGCUGUGUUGAUUUGGUCCAGGGCAUCAAUUCUCGUAGGGCAGCGCUCGGUCAGUCUCUCGACGAACCUUUCUUUAUCUGGGAGCCCGUGCCAGACCUAUGUGUUCCCGCUGAGCUGGAAAACACCAUCAAGGCGCUCGAACACGUCCAUGUCAUCAGUCCCAAUCAUGCAGAGUUGUCAGAUCUGUUCUCUGUUGUUGGAACCACCGAGUCUGGUGAUGUGGAUCGUCAAGUCAUUGAAGCUUGUAGCUCCAAGCUGCUUUCGAGCGUGUCUGGCGAAAGAGCAUCCAAGAUAGCGGUAGUUGUGCGAUCAGGCAAAGAUGGAUGCUAUGUCAGUUCGCCGUCCAAGCAGGCGUGGCUCCCAGCGUUCCAUGCACCAACUCCAGCCAAGGUUGUUGAUCCCACAGGCGGAGGUAAUGGCUUUCUUGGAGGAUUGGCAAUGGGCCUCGUCAGGACUGGCGAUGUGGUAGAGGCGUCCAAGUGGGGCAAUUAG